AUGACUGCCACUAGUGCUGCCAACUUUUCAUCCUCGUAUGAAGAAGAGGGAAAAGAUUCAGAGAUUGGUUCACUGGAUAUAGUCGAAUCUUCCUUGGAUGGUUUGGCUACGGACACAACAGCGCAAGUUAAUUCCGAACACAAAGAACCAUUAGGAGCAUUAUCUGUCUUAUCGUCAUCACCACCACAAGUUACCCAACCACCAGCCAGAAGAGGACGAAGGGCAAAAGGUACUGAACUACCGAAAGUGGAAACACAACCUGUUUCUUCUCCACCAGCAACAAACAGCCGUCCGCGCCGUUCACGACAGACUCGAAAAACGAUGCAAUAUAAUGAAUUAAGCAUACAACCACAACAUCAAUCAACAACUGAAACAGCGACAAAUCAUAUUGCAAAAGUAAAAGCUCCACGAAACUAUACAACGGAAAAUGAUAGCAGUAGUGUACCAAUUCGAUAUCAAAUAGCCGACGUAGUUUGGGGGAAAGUUUCUGGUUCUCCAUGGUGGCCAUGUCUUGUUGUUGCAGAUCCAAAUGAUCCGCAACAGUCACAUACAAAAAUUGUUGGUAAUCAACGGCCAAAACGAUCUUACUUUGUCGUAUUUUAUGGUUCAACAGCUGAUUUUGCGUGGUUAGGUGACUCAUCAAUUAUUUAUUUUAAGGGUGUGGAAGAAUUUACAAAAUAUGCACAAGAAGUUGUCGAUCAGGCACAAACUAAAUCGAUGAAAGAGCAACUAACGGAACGUUUCCAAUUAAAAAUAACAAUUGGAAGGCGUGAUGAUUGGGAAAUGGCUGUUAGUGAAGCUAACGACGCUUUAAACCAAUCGGCAGAACAACGAUUACAAGAAAUGGAACCAAAGUUUGAUUUUUAUACACAAAAAAUUGGUUAG